AUGUAUGCGCGCCGCCAUCUUGGACGCGUCACUUCCGGGUCAUCAGGAAGAGACGCCGAUCGCAUCAUCGAGGAGGGCGGAGCCGCUGCUGAGCGCAGAGCUCCGUCGGAGAAGCCGCUCAGCGUCCGGGUACCUGCGGCCUGCUCAGGAAAAAAAGUAAAAUGCACUGAGAGGCGCCCCCCCCCGAGCUCAGGCGCACAACGCAGAGGCCCCCCCCGAGCUCAGGCGCACAACGCAGAGGCCUCCCCCGAGCUCAGGCGCACAACGCAGAGGCCUCCCCCGAGCUCAGGCGCACAACGCAGAGGCCUCCCCCGAGCUCAGGCGCACAACGCAGAGGACUCCCCCGAGCUCAGGCGCACAACGCAGAGGCCUCCCCCGAGCUCAGGCGCACAACGCAGAGGCCUCCCCCGAGCUCAGGCGCACAACGCAGAGGCCUCCCCCGAGCUCAGGCGCACAACGCAGAGGCCUCCCCCGAGCUCAGGCGCACAACGCAGAGGCCUCCCCCGAGCUCAGGCGCACAACGCAGAGGCCUCCCCCGAGCUCAGGCGCACAACGCAGAGGCCUCCCCCGAGCUCAGGCGCACAACGCAGAGGCCUCCCCCGAGCUCAGGCGCACAACGCAGAGGCCUCCCCCGAGCUCAGGCGCACAACGCAGAGGCCUCCCCCGAGCUCAGGCGCACAACGCAGAGGCCUCCCCCGAGCUCAGGCGCACAACGCAGAGGCCUCCCCCGAGCUCAGGCGCACAAUGCAGAGGCCUCCCCCGAGCUCAGGCGCACAACGCAGAGGCCUCCCCCGAGCUCAGGCGCACAACGCAGAGGCCUCCCCCGAGCUCAGGCGCACAACGCAGAGGCCUCCCCCGAGCUCAGGCGCACAACGCAGAGGCCUCCCCCGAGCUCAGGCGCACAACGCAGAGGCCUCCCCCGAGCUCAGGCGCACAACGCAGAGGCCUCCCCCGAGCUCAGGCGCACAACGCAGAGGCCUCCCCCGAGCUCAGGCGCACAACACAGAGGCCUCCCCCGAGCUCAGGCGCACAACGCAGAGGCCUCCCCCGAGCUCAGGCGCACAACGCAGAGGACUCCCCCGAGCUCAGGCGCACAACGCAGAGGCCUCCCCCGAGCUCAGGCGCACAACGCAGAGGCCUCCCCCGAGCUCAGGCGCACAACGCAGAGGACUCAAAGAGAAGUCCUCUCGAUGUAUUUUAUGUUUGUUGGAGCACUGCAAGUGA